AUGUCGAAUCCAGAAGAGACUGAGAUAAUCCGUAAUUUACGUUCCCAAGUGGCUAGCUUGGAAGUACAAUCAGCGCAGCUCAACCAGUCUCGAGAGGAAACAGCUGAAUUAAAGCAGCUCGUACGCGAGCUUUUGGCUGAACGAAGGCAAGCUCCACCUCCUAGGGACUCCGUCGCUGACACCGACCUGGGACAAGAAGACGCAACCCGUGUGACAGGUUCAAACACCUUCAGCCAUUACGCGAAUCAAACCCCAACGUCUCCAACUCCUAUGGGACGUAUUCAACAAACUUCACGUCCUGAGAAUGUGUCAAGGGCUACCACUGAGCACGUUCAAAACGAGCAACCACCUGUGACCCACGCUACUCAUCAACAAGUUAGCUGGGCUGAAGAAACUGGCGGCGCAAGAGGCUUCACCGAGAUCUCACCCUGUUCAAUCAACCCCGGCCGGUUUUAG